AUGGUAAAACCAUUCACGAUUUCGGGAACCGAUUUUCGUGGACCAUUCAUGAUGCAAAUGUCUAACAACGGCAGAUUAAAAACUACCAAAGGCUAUGUAGCAAUUUUCAUAUGUUUUUCAACAAGAGCAGUUCAUUUAGAAGCUGUAUCUGACUUAAACGCUGCGGCCUUUGUAGCAGCAUUCAGAAGAUUUAUAUCUCGAAGAGGAAAUAUUGCCAAACUAUACAGUGAUAAUGGCGGAAAUUUUGUGAAAGCUAAAACGAUAUUCGAAUUAGAAACAUCACAAGCGAUUUCUGAAUUCAAUGAGGAAAUUAAACGUGAAUUGGCAAAUUUAUCAACAAAAUUUUAUUUUAAUCCACCUGCGGCACCAUGGUUUGGUGGCUUAUGGGAACGAAAUAUAGGUUCAAUAAAACAUCAUUUUAAACGAGUUGUGGGAGAUCGCAUUUUGUCAUAUGAAGAAAUGACAACAGUCUUAACUCAAAUAGAAGCUUGUUUCAAUUCAAGACCAUUAUGUGCCAUGAAUGAGAAUCCAGAUGACAUGACAAUACUUACACCUGGUCACUUUUUGAUCGGUAGUGCGCUAACAGCACCCGUAGGCCCAA